CCGGGCCGCGGGGCCCCGAUGUCUCCGCGAACAGCCCCGCCGCGCUUCGGGCCGCUGCAGUUGGCGCUGGCGGCGGCGGGGACGGCGGCGGCCACCCUGGACCUGUUCAUGGACGGCUGGGUGGCGGCGCAGUACGCGCGGCGCGGCCACCCCGGCUGGGCCGCGCUGUCGCUGGCGGUGCUCGCCGCCGCCUCAGCCGCCGCCCAGGCCUGCAGCUGGCUCUGGCUGCGCUCCGACCCGCCCGCCCUGCGCCCCGCCGUGCCCGUGCUGCUGCUCGCCGCCCUGCACCUCCUACAGCUCGGCUUCUUCUUCAGGUGUCUCUAUGCUCUGAAGGUGGGCUGGAGGGUGUGCUGGGCCAAGGCAGAGGAGGAGGAUGAGCGGAGACACAUGGCCUUCAUCUCCCACGACAUCAGCAUGCUGCGUCUCUUCGAGACCUUCCUGGAGAACACCCCGCAGCUCACCCUGCUCCUCUACAUUAUCCUGCGGACAAACAAGGCUGAGCUCUCCCAGGGCCUGGGCAUGGGCACGGCGUUCCUGUGUGUGUCCUGGUCUCUGCUGGAUUACCACCAGUCCCUGCGCUCCUUCCUGCAGGACAAGUACGAGCUGAGCCUGGGCUCCUCCAUCGUUUACUUCCUCUGGAACCUCUUCCUCAUCUGCCCCCGCAUCCUGGCGCUGGCGCUCUUCGCGCUGCUCUGGCCCUACGGCGUGGCUGUCCACUUCUCCCUGGUGUGGCUGGCCCUGUUCCUCUGGGUCAGCCUGCAGGGCACAGACUUCAUGGAGUCACCCGGCCCCGAGCAGCUUUACCGGGCCAUGGUGGCCGUGAUCCUGUACUUCAGCUGGUUCAAUGUGGCGCGGGGGAGGACGCUGCACCGCAGCAUCAUCUACCACGGCUUCAUGCUGGUGGACAGCACCCUGCUGGGCCUGGCCUGGCUCUGGGGCCGGGCUCCCGGGGAGGAGGAGCACUCAUACCUCAUCCCCGUGCUCUCUGCAGCCCUGCCCUGCUACCUGCUGGGGCUGGGGCUGAGGGUCACCUACUACAAGUGGCUGCACCCCAACGUGCUGGUGCAGCAGGAAGGCAAAUACGACGAGGUGGAUGCCACUGGAGGCGGUGAUGGGGUGGAGUUUCGCUCGUUUUUGGAACCGGACCUGGUCAACAGGCGGAUGCAGUGGCUGGCCCAGACCCACUUCUCCUUGUCCCAGCCAGCACAGGAGCACUUCCAGAAUGGGGCUGCUGCUGUGGAGUCUGCUGUCUGAGGGCAGCUCCUCUAAAGGGACAUGAGGGGAGAGGUAGACUUCUUGGUGUGCCCCUGGUUGUACCCCCCAGGCUGUUGUUUUGGACAGCUGGAGGGAGCUGGCAGAAACCAGGGGUGCUGUGCAAACACCCAGUGAGUCCCAUGGCACUCAGCAUGGCUCCCAUGGCUGUACCCUCAGGGAAAGCCACAGUGUGGGGAGUCCAGCACAUGGCAGCAUAUGGCUGCACUGCUCUGUCAACUUUUCUUGUUAUUUAUUUGUAGCUUUUUCAAAAAAGAAAAAUGAAAACAAGAGCACUGGUUUAUUUUC